GAUGCACUCUUUUGACAAGUACGCCAGCUGGAAUAGCAGAUCGAACCUCGUUAGCCACCGAUCUUCUCCCCUUACCCAACUGAAACCCAAACCCGGGCUCAGUGUCAUCAAAGGGUUUUUGUGCAGCUGUCCGCUCGUCUCCCGGAGCGAAGACGGCCCAUUCCCUGGCGUGGUUCUCCGAUUCUCCUACGCGGAGUUGGACCAGGCAACCGGAAAAUUCUCCGACGAACAGCUCAUCGGCGUCGGUGGGACGAGCAAGGUGUAUCGUGGCCAGCUCGCUGAUGGCAAAGUCGUCGCCGUGAAGAAGCUUCGGCCCCUCGGCGGUGCGGACGAAGACUAUGAGUUCCUGUCAGAGAUAGAGCUGCUGUCGCGGCUGAACCACUGCCACGUGGUGCCAUUGCUGGGGUACUGCUCGGAGCGGCAGGGGCGGCAGCUGGAGCGGCUGCUGGUGUUCGAGUGCAUGACCAACGGCAACCUGCGGGAGUGCCUGGACGACCUCAACAGGAAGCCCAUGGACUGGGCGACGCGCGUCGGCGUGGCGCUGGGCGCGGCGAGGGGCCUCGAGUACCUCCACGAGGCGGCGGCGCCGCGCAUCCUCCACCAGGACAUCAAGUCCACCAACGGACGAGAGCUUGGUGAUGGCGCGUUCCCGCCCGAGGAGAUGCAGAUCAUGGCCCACCUGGCCAGAGAGUGCCUGCAGUGGGACCCCGAGGCCAGGCCCACCAUGACCAAAGUCGUCCAGAUCCUCUCCACCAUCGCGCCCCUCGCCGACAAGCGCCGUCGCCACCACCUGCCCGCCGCCGCCGGCGCCUUCGCCCCGGGCUUCCACGCCGAGAGGCCGCGGGAAUGCUCAGUGUGGCAGGACGACGACGACUACGGCCAUCGCCGCGAUCACCUGCACGGAGGGUACGGCAGCAAUGCCAAGGGCGCCGUCUUGUCCGGAGAGGUCACGGUUAACGUCGGGAUGCCAGUGACGAUGAUGACGACGAUGGGGCGGAGCUGGCGGUCGGCGGAGCAGGAGGAGGUGGACCUGACGGAGCCGCGGCUGGAGACGUUCACGGAGCCGACGACGACAGCCAGCCCCUUCAGGUGAACGUGAGAUGAAUCGAAUACGUCGUAGAAUAGAUUGAUAGAACAGUCAAGUAGAGCCAGAGAAGAAAAAUGUGAGUGAGAUGCAUUGUACAGGCAAGAACGUAAUCAAAUCAAUUUGAGAAGAAAAAUGUGAGUGACAUGCAUUGCGACCAAA